AUGGAAGUUGCAGGGAAUGAAUUGUUGGCAUUAAAUGAUCUUCUCACGGGUAUUCAGGAAGCAGAAGACGACUACGAAGAGCAAGUCACGCCGUACACACUCAUGACUCGGCCUAUUGGUCAGAUCCGGCAGGAAGAUCCCAAAGCGAUCUGGUCAAUGAAUGAAGUCCCAAGUGACGACGAAGAUGACGACACCUUCGAGACUAGAGCACGUCCCAAGUUUGAGAUUCUCUACAAGCAGAGUGUCAUGACAGAAGACGUUUUCCUUGGGCUUAGUGACAAGGACCCAUCGUCAGCCCACUGCGAGGCGAUGGUGGUGCGCGUGGAGUGUCCCAAUCACCGCCUGGAAGACAUUGAACUGGACGUGAAGCGACAAAAACUGCUACUUUUGUCGUCGACAUUGAAGCUCGUGCUAUAUCUGCCAUAUCCAGUGCGUCACCUCGAAGGUCAAGCCAAAUGGGACCACAAAUCUCAGUCCCUGGCCGUCUCGCUGCCCAUUAUUCGAGACGAAUGGUAG